CAAUGGACAAGGUAACAUUCAUGAGCGAGAACCGUGAGCGUAUCCAAGCCUUGGAGAGUUCGUUUGGUCCGUCGGGGAGGCCCCUGUACAAACCGGAUCGGGUUCUGGUGGGACAGGGCCACCUGAUGAAGCAGGGCCAGCGGAGGACUGAGAUGAAGGCCUUCUUUCUCUUCAAUGACAUCCUGGUGUACGGCAGCAUGAUCCUGAACGGCCGCUGGCACAAAAAAGUGAAGAUCAUCCCCCUAGAGGACCUCCAGCUGGAGGACAUGGAGGACAGUGUGCGUUUGACGAACCAAUGGUUGAUCCGUACACCAUCCAAGUCCUUUUUUGUGUCGGCCAGUUCACACGAGGACAAGCGGGCCUGGAUGGACCACAUUGAAGAGUGCCGUGCCAAAAUGCUGCAGGGCGGCAGCUGCCAGCCUGGCUCCACCUUCGCUGUCUCUUGGAUCCCGGACAAGGCCGCCUACAAGUGCAUGCGCUGCUUCAACAAAUUCACUCCAACGAACCGUCGACACCACUGCAGACAAUGUGGCUUCGUGGUCUGCCACUCGUGCUCCAGUACGCGGGUGGUGAUUGGCCACAUCCACCCCAAGAAGAAGUUGAGGGUCUGCAGGCUUUGCCACAAGAGGAACACAGAAGAAGAGACAUCUCGUGUGAGUGGGGACAGCCCAGGAAACAGCAGCUCAGUGGAGGACAUUGUGACAUCAUCCAGUGGUGAAGAGGACGAAGAUGAGGUGAUGCCCAGCAGCCGGCUCAACUCCCACGUGGGCACGUGGGGAGAGAUCGGCACCUACACGCCCCACACAGCACUGCUGCUCCCCCCAAGCUACACAUGAUCACACCCAGACUGCUGCAGCUUCACUGAUGCAUCUGUGCACCAUCACUGAGCAUCGCAUUAAACUGUGACUUAAUUUAUAACAAAGCGUUUUGAAUGGAUUAUGGACUUGUUUAAUACAAACACAUGAAAUCCUUGUACAGUACAUCCCUCCAGACCAAAAUAUAAAGUGUCUCCUCUUAAACACAGACAACUGGUUUGCAUUUCUCUGACAUAAAGCUACUGCAGGUUCUUUUUUUUCAUGGUUUCAGUAAAGUCAUUUCCUCAACUUGUGCACGUACAACAAACGUGCAUUGAUCUGUGAUACCGAUACUUUGCCUGUUUGGUUGUGAGGUGGAGAGCGGUGGUGGGGGACAGGAAAUAUAGGUUUUAUCUUGAAAAAUAUUUCUCUCUCUCUCAUUAUGUUGCAACCUGAGUCAAUGCAACAGAUCGAGGUCUUUCCUCAAUGUGUGCCUUUGUAAAAGACAAUAAAAUACAAGUAAAGAAAAGACAAC